GCGGCAGCAGCGGGGCGCAGAGGCCGGCGCGGCGGCUGGCGUGCGCGGGGCGGGGGCCGCGGCCGCGCUGCAGAGAUGUGACUCGGGCCGCGGGCCAGGGAGCGUCGGCGCUGCGGGCCGCGGGGGUCGAACUUCCCGGCAGGCGACAGCGGCUUCAGCCGGAAAGAUGAGAACCCACCAGGCGCUCGUCUUCCUCCUGCUCUUUGUGAUCGCCUCGGGGGCCUCGGAGAACGCCAGCACCUCCCGGGGCUGUGGGCUGGACCUGCUGCCCCAGUACGUGUCCCUGUGCGACCUGGACACCGUCUGGGGCAUCGUGGUGGAGGCGGUGGCGGGGGCCGGCGCGCUGAUCGCGCUGCUCCUGAUGCUCAUCCUCCUGGUGCGGCUGCCCUUCAUCCAGGACAAGGAGAAGAAGGACCCCGUGGGCCUGCACUUCCUCUUCCUGCUGGGCACCCUGGGCCUCUUCGGGCUGGCCUUCGCCUUCAUCAUCCGCGAGGCCGAGGCCGUGUGCGCCGCGCGCCGCUUCCUGUGCGGGGUGCUCUUCGCGCUCUGCUUCUCGUGCCUGCUGGGCCAGGCGUGGCGCGUGCGCCGCCUGGUGCGCCGCGGCAAGGGCCCGUCGGGCUGGCAGCUGGUGGGCGCGGCGCUGUGCCUGACGCUGGUGCAGGUCAUCAUCGCCGCGGAGUGGCUGGUGCUGACGGUGCUGCGCGACGCCAAGCCCGCGUGCGCCUACGAGCGCCUGGACUUCGCCCUGGCGCUCACCUACGACGCGGUCCUGCUGCUGGCCGCGCUCGGCCUGGCCCUGGGCGCGCUGUGCGGCAAGUUCAAGAAGUGGAAGCAGAACGGCGCCUGCCUGCUGCUCACCGCCGCGCUCUCGGCGCUCAUCUGGGCCGCCUGGCUCACCAUGUACCUCUUCGGCAACGCGCAGCUGGGCCGGGCCGAGGCCUGGGCCGACCCCACGCUGGCCAUCGCGCUGGUCGCCAGCGGCUGGGUCUUCGUCGUCUUCCACGCCAUCCCCGAGGUCCACUGCUCCAUCCUGCCCUCGCCGCAGGAGAGCGCGCCCAACUACUUCGACACGUCGCAGCCCCGCAUGCGCGAGACGGCCUUCGAGGAGGACGUGCAGCUGGCCAGGCCCUACAUGGAGAACAAGGCCUUCUCCAUGGACGAGCACAACGCAGCUCUGCGCACGGCAGGAUUCCGCAACGGCAGCCUGGGGAACAGACCCAGCGCGCCCUUCCGGAGCAACGUGUAUCAGCCCACAGAGAUGGCUGUGGUGCUCAACGGCGGGACCGAACUGGUGGUCCAGCCCCGCUCUCUGGAGUCCUUUGGAGCGCUCUGAGACCUCCCGGGCACUCGGUCUGCAAGAGUCCCCCAGGCCCCUUGCAGAGGGGAGCCGUUCUCACGAUCGCUUUCUCUCUCAGUUCUUGGCGCCGAAGGUGAGCA